CUUUUGACAGAUGCCAAAUGUAGACUUUCUACAUAUUUCUUUUCGUUGGUCAUUUUUUAUCAGCGGAAAAUGCUUUUGGUGAGUCGGAUGUUUUCGCGCAUUUUAUUCAUCAUUAAAAAUACUUGAUACAAACCGGAACUAAAAUCGGACAAAAGACAACCAAGCAAAUAUACAAAACAAUUGAAAAUAUUUUUGCAGUGACAUAUUUCUGCAAACAUUUUAUUAAACCACACAUCGUGCACCGCCCACGAAUUUGGAAAAUUUUCGCAGUUAAAUUUUUUCACACAACGACGACGACGACACAUUACACCCGUCGUCGCAACAGAACGUGGUAAAUUGCAACAAAAAAAAAAACAAAAAAAGUUGCUACCGUAGCUAAAAAAUGAGUGUGGACACGUAUGGACCCAGUUCACAGACCUUGACGUUCCUUGACACUGAGGAAAAUGAUUUGAUCGGUGCCGACACCCAGGCUUCGGAUUUUGAUUUUCGUGAUUUCACAAUUCCAUCGCAAUCACAGACUCAGUCGUCACAAUUGGAUCCAAUUGCAGCUCCAAGCCAGAGCAAUGCAUUCGGACGAAAGUUGGAAAUUCAUUCCAAACUGCCAGGCAUUACCAAUGGCAUGGCUGCUUUGCAGUUUGAAGAAGACGAUGAGGAUGGUGCUCUGGCAGUGAGAGAAUUACCGCCGCAUGCUUGCAAGUAUUGUGGCAUUCAUGAUCCAGGCACUGUGGUCAUGUGCAACAAUUGCAAGAAAUGGUUUUGCAAUGGACGAGGCAAUACAUCUGGAUCGCAUAUUGUCAAUCACUUGGUGCGUGCUAAGCAUCGCGAGGUCACCUUGCAUAGUGAUGGGCCUUUGGGCGAGACUGUUUUGGAGUGUUAUUCGUGUGGAGUUCGAAAUGUCUUCGUUUUGGGUUUCAUACCGGCUAAAGCAGACUCGGUUGUUGUACUUUUAUGCAGACAACCAUGUGCUGCUCAAAAUUCACUUAAGGACAUGAAUUGGGAUCAGGAGCAAUGGAAACCGUUAAUUAGCGAUCGUUGCUUUCUCGCAUGGCUAGUGAAAGUCCCUUCAGAUCAGGAGCAAUUGCGUGCUCGACAAAUAUCAGCUGGACAAAUCAAUAAACUAGAGGAAUUGUGGAAAGAAAACAUUGAAGCUACUUUCCAAGAUCUAGAAAAACCAGGCAUCGAUACGGAACCAACUCAGGUUCUAUUGCGUUAUGAAGACGGUUAUCAAUAUGAAAAGGUUUUCGGGCCAUUGGUACGUUUGGAAGCAGAAUACGAUAAAAAACUUAAAGAGUCUCAAACUCAAGAGAAUAUCGAGGUUCGCUGGGAUGUGGGUCUGAACAAAAAGACAAUAGCCUAUUUUACAUUGGCCAAAACAGACAGCGAUAUGAAGUUGAUGCAUGGUGAUGAGCUGAGGCUUCGCUAUGCCGGUGAAUUGCACGAACCGUGGAGUGAAAUUGGUCAUGUUAUCAAAGUUCCCGACAACUAUGGCGAAGAUAUUGGGCUGGAAUUGAAGAACAGUUGUGGGGCUCCAAUUAAAUUUACGUCGAGCUUUGCAGUGGAUUUCAUUUGGAAGUGCACGUCAUUUGAUCGCAUGUUGAGGGCUUUGAAAGUCUUUGCAAUGGACCGUAAUUCGGUUUCACAUUAUAUUUAUGCUCAUCUUUUGGGCCAUGGACGUCCCGAUGGUUGGGAUGAUGUAUUUCGAGGACCUAUCCCCAAGCUAUUCAGCGCUCCAAAUCUGCCCGAUUUGAAUCGUUCUCAGGUCUAUGCUGUUAAGCAUGCAAUUCAGAGACCAUUGAGUUUGAUUCAAGGACCACCGGGAACUGGAAAAACAGUCACAUCGGCUACUAUAGUUUAUCAACUGGUCAAGCAAAACGGAGGAACUGUGUUGGUCUGUGCACCAAGUAACACUGCUGUUGAUCAGCUUACGGAAAAGAUCCACAGAACCAAUUUGAAAGUUGUCAGAGUUUGUGCAAAGUCUCGUGAAGCUAUUGACAGUCCUGUAAGCUUCUUAGCACUUCAUAAUCAAAUUCGCAACAUGGAAACUAACGUUGAGCUCAAGCAAUUACAGCAACUUAAGGAUGAAACUGGAGAAUUGAGCAGAGCCGAUGAGAAACGUUAUAGAAUGCUGAAACGAGCAGCAGAAUUUCAGCUUCUUGAAGCGGCUGAUGUUAUAUGCUGUACUUGUGUGGGAGCUGGUGAUCCCCGUCUUAAAAGUAUAAAGUUCUCAUCGAUUCUAAUUGAUGAAAGCAUGCAAUCUACUGAACCCGAGUGUAUGGUCCCAGUUGUUCUUGGAGCAAAACAAUUGAUUCUGGUAGGAGAUCACUGUCAGUUGGGACCAGUUGUUAUGUGCAAGAAAGCAGCUCGCGCUGGGCUUUCGCAGAGUUUGUUUGAACGUUUGGUUGUGCUUGGAAUUCGCCCUUUCCGUCUAGAAGUUCAAUAUCGUAUGCAUCCCGAGCUGUCCCAAUUCCCUUCGAAUUUCUUUUAUGAAGGAAGUCUUCAGAAUGGCGUAUGUGCUGAGGAUCGCAAGCUUAAAAUAGAUUUCCCAUGGCCACAAACUGAUCGGCCUAUGUUCUUCCUUGUUACACAAGGUUCCGAGGAAAUUGCCGGCUCAGGAACAUCCUAUCUUAAUCGUACCGAAGCAGCUAAUGUCGAGAAAAUUACCACCCGAUUCUUAAAAGCUGGAGUUAAACCCGAACAAAUUGGAAUUAUUACACCUUAUGAAGGUCAAAGAGCCUACUUGGUUCAGUACAUGCAAUACCAAGGAAGUCUGCACUCUAAACUAUAUCAAGAAAUUGAAAUCGCAAGUGUUGAUGCGUUCCAAGGCCGUGAAAAGGAUAUCAUUAUAAUGUCAUGUGUCCGUUCUAACGAACGUCAAGGAAUUGGAUUUUUGAAUGAUCCACGUCGACUUAAUGUCGCACUAACACGUUCAAAAUAUGGAACAAUUAUUGUUGGUAAUCCCAAAGUUUUGUCAAAGCAACCACUCUGGAAUCAUCUCUUGAAUUUCUAUAAGGACCGCAAAGUUUUAGUGGAGGGUUCACUUAAUAAUCUGAAAGAGUCACUUAUUCAGUUCCAGAAACCGAAAAAACUCGUAAACACCAUGAAUAUUGGCGCCCACUUUAUGAGCACUAUGAUGUGUGAUGCCAAGGAGGCAAUGGUACCAGGAUCAAUGUAUGAUCGUUCAGCAAUGCGUGGAUAUAGCAAUUUCGGACCGAAUUCCGGUGUUGGUUUUGGUGUCAUUGGCCAUCCAAUGAAUCCUUCGGGACCUUCCAUGAAUCCCAUGGGUGGAUAUCCUAACCGCAAUAUGGGUAUGGAUAUGUUUGGCAGAUCUCAUCAUGACUCAAUCAGUUAUAUAUCUCCGGAACGAGCACAAGCAGCAAUGAAUAAUAUGCCAGUCCCUGUGGGAAUGUUCAUGAAUAUGAGCAAUAUACCACCUCGUUUCUAUAACCAACAUCAGCAAGCCAUUCAAGCAGCUAAACAAGGUCGACGUCAAGCCGUUGGCGAAAGAAUCUUACCAAAGACGUCACGUGCUGAUGGAUCUGGAAAUAAUGAUAAACUCUAUUCAAAAAAUCGCAACAGCCAAGGAACUGGAAUACCACUUACUCAACAACUUAUGUCGCAAAAUAUGUCACAACCUGGCUUUACACUUUCACAGCAGCAUGAUUUGUCUCAAGAUUUUGGACAAAUUUCCCAAAUGGAUGGCAUUCUAUCACAGGAUGUUGCUUUCAACGUACAGGUGGGUGAUCGCCCCAGCAUUGGCUUUAACAAUCAAAGUCAAUUUUCUCAACCGUAUUGAUUGCAUAGAAGAAGGUUAAAAUAAUCUAACGACAACAGAAACAGCACCCAGUUGCAUUCAUAAUGUGGUAACUGGUAUACGAGUACAUAAUAAAGAUACAAAAAGUGACAAAAGCGUGUGUUGGGAAAAUAACAAUGCAAUAAAAAUCAACAACAAGAAAAACAAUUAAUCAAAGAAAACAAAACAAAAAAUACAAACAAACAAAAUAUACAAAUAUUUAGAACAAGCAAUUUACAAAUAAAACCAAAAACAAGAAAAUUACCAAAUCAAAUUAAAAAUAAUAACUUCAAGAUCAUCAGCAAGGAAAGAACACAGACAAGUUUAGAGAAAACGUUCAAUAUGUUAACGUUUAGUUGCGUCUCAGAAGUACGGUCAACUUUUAAUAUGUGGGCACUUUUCCAUCAGCGUUAUUGAUACAAAAAAAAUAUUUAUAUUUAACGCCACACCCACAAUCAACAGGUUGUUUGAGGAUCAGUCAGAUGUGGAAGUCUGCGCGAUGAACUCACUAAGCAGAAAUGUGUCAGCUUGCUUUGCCGACAAAACCAAGGGGACGUUGGAGCAAUUGUCUCUUGGAUGGAAAUAAAAACAAAACCAAGACUACACAAAAAA